AUGAUACUUAUGAACAGUUCAAUUGAAAAUAGAGCGGUGUCACUCCUCGCUAAACGAAAUGUCCAAAAUACAAUCCUGGACAAAAAGGUUGAGAGUAACUGCACUCUUCAGGAUUGUAGGCUGUUGACAAGAAAGAGAUGUGUUCAUGUGGCCAAGGAAAGAAUGACACCACAUUUACUUAAUUUACGUCAACUUUUCUUUCAAUGGAGAAGGACUGUUGAUCCCAGGAAGGUGUACUUUUUUGACGAAACACAUGUCAAUUGCGAGACUGACGAGCGGGAUUGGGGAGGGGCUGACUCUGGAUUUGCUUGUCCGGUGUUUCGUCAGAAAAGUAAACUAAGAGCGGGAAAGUAUUCUACACUUGGUGUAUGUGGAUAUAACGAAGGAUUAUUGCAAUCAAUUCCAGUUCAAGGAAACUUCACAGCAGAUUUGAUAAAUGACGUUAUAGAGAAUCAAAUACUCCCACUGUUACCUGCAGACACAUUUUUGGUUGCUGACAAUGCAAGUGUUCAUAAUGAAGCUGCAUUAUGURGGYUGCUGGCUAGGAAAAACAUUACGCUCGUCAAACUGCCAGGCUAUAGUUAUGACCUAAACCCAAUGGAAAUGGUGUUCGCUCAAGCCAAAGCAAUAGCUCGUUUUACCCCUGSCUUUUUGGAUGAAAAUCCCAUUCUCGCUAUGGUARACGAAUUUCAACAGGUCCGACCCAUUAAUUUAAGAAACUAUUAUCACAGAUGCUGGAGAGUAUUUGUAUAA